UUUUUUUUUUGUAAAAACAAGAAAUAGGUCAUUUCAUUAUCUUUUUUAUUUCUUCUUUUUCUCUACUGAAUGUCAAUUAUAUAUAAUGGACGAAGAAGAAUUUGAUAUUUACGGUGAUUAUGAUUUUAGUCAGUCUGACGAUAUUUUAGACGAAAUUACAACUGAGAAGCCUAUUACUUCGAAUAAAAGAACAAGAACGAAUGAUGAUAAAGAAGAAAUAUUAGAAGAAUCAGUAAAAAAUUUGAAAGUGCCUCGACAUGAAGAACAAAAAGAUGAAGUAAAGAAAAAAGAGCAAAAGGUUCAAUCAGCAGCAGUUUAUCAAAAUAAUAAUAAUGUAACAAUUCCCCAAGCUCUAACUCAAUUGAGAGGUAUAUCAACAAAACCAACUCAAUCUAUUUACCUUGGUGAAUUACAUUGGUAUACAACAGAUAAAAUUAUAAAAGAGCCAUUAAAGAAAGCCAAUCUGUUAGAACAAAUUAAAGAAAUGACAUUUUUUGAACAUAAAAAUAAUGGAAAAUCUAAAGGAAUUGUCUUUUUUGAAUUUACAAACAAAGAUUAUGCUUUACAAGCAAAAACUAUUUUUGAUAAUACAUCAUAAAAAGGUAUACGCAGUCUUCACUACUUCAACAAAUCCAUUCAAGCAUUUGUCUAAAGAAAUAAAUACAAACAAAUCAUCUCGAAUGCC